CACCAGCUGGGCGUAAAAAAGUAGGUCUUAACUCUAACGUCGGGCUUAGCUACGUCCGACUUAGUGAUUAGAAUUUACACCGAGUGCACCAAACCUGACUAGUCUCGGUCGUAGCUGCGCCUGGUCUUAAGAUGCGCGUCCACGUGAAUACACGCGAAACAGUAAUUGUUGCCAAGCAACACACGUCUAUAUAAUUUAACACUCGAACUCCUCCAUUCAGAGCAAGCUAAGAAUUGAAUAACGAAUAUGGAUAACGGAAACCAAAAGAAGAGAAAAACCAAUUUUACUGAUAGAGAGAUUAGAACAUUAAUUGAAAUAUAUGCAGAGCAUAAAAACUCGCUAACUGCCAAAUUUAACAAUACCAUGACAAACAAACACAAACUCGCAGCCUGGAAGUCGAUCACUGGUGCGAUAAAUGACUUGGGUGAUGGAGGGAUACGGACGGUGGAAGAGUGUAGGAAAAAGUGGAAGGACCUACUAUCCAGAGCCAAAAAAGAUGCUUCGGUUCUCAAAAACCCUCCGACCGGCGGAGGCCCUGCACCAAAAACCUCUCCAUACAGUGAUAUCAUUAUUGCUAUUUUUGGAGAGGAUUCCCCCACUUUCACCGGGUUGAAUGGGAUUGACAGCUCAGAGCCGUCAACCUCAACAUUUGAAGAGGUUGACGCAGACGUGUCAGCUGUCACUAGUGACUCAGAGGACCGCAGAGAAGAGGGAAUUCCCACACCCACAGCGUCAGCGAUGACUCAAGAGGAAUCCCAAAUGGCCACACCCCGAAAGAGAAAGAGGGAUUUGUCAGAGCUACAGCGGGAACUGACGGAGAAAGAAAUCGUUCGUGUGGAGGUUGAGACCGUAAAAUUGAGAGCGGAACACGAGAAAAUUGAGCUGGAGAAGGAGAAAUUGAGACUCCAAAUUAUAAUCCUUAAUAAUCAAAUAAUCACUGAAGAAGACACUGUGUUCACCAUUCUGUAAUCAUAUCUG